AUGACCGACUCAGCUCUCCUCUCCUGGGGCCUCCCCCGUCUCGCCCAGCUGCUCCCCCUAGACGAAGACUCCCUCACGCAAAUCCUCACCUACGCCGCGAGCCUCUCGACAGAAGACGGCGCCGAGCACCUCAAGAAUCUCCUGGGCGACUCGCCCGCGGCCUUUGAAUUCGUCUCCUCCUUCAGCUCACGACGCGAGCAGCAACGAUCCUCCAACAAUGCCUCGCCGCGCCCCGCACCACCCACCAGCUCGAAGAAAACCAAGAAGCCCAAGGCACCCCUCCACAGCACCGGACCGCCCCGUCGCCCCGAGAACUUUGGAGACGUAUCAGGCGGCUACAUGAAAGCAACUCAGGAGGAAGAUUACAUGCCUACAUCGUCACGCACGAGACCGGCAGCGCACCUGGACGCCACGCCCUCAUCCGCGUCCUCGCGCGCCCCCUCCCCCGCACCCCAGAAAUCACCGCCCUCCGCCGCCGGCCCCGUCCUCUCCGACCUUCUCCCGAACGUCAAGUCCAAAGCAGCGCGGGCUGGUUCCUCGCGGACCACGACCGGGACCGCCACGCCCAAGUCCUCCGGCGCCACGCUCACAACAACCAACAUCUCCGACCUUACAGCGGCGAUCGCCGCGCUGGAAGUCUCCACGAACCCGACGCUACGUGGCGACAAGACGACCAAAUGCAACUGCUACGGCUCCCUGCACCCGGUGUUUGCGCCGGCACCGAACUGCCUCCAUUGCGGGAAGAUCAUCUGCGCGCUGGAGGGGCUGCAGCCGUGCUCGUUCUGCGGGGCGGCGUUGCUCUCCGCCGAGGAGAUCCAGAGCAUGAUUCGUGAGCUGCGCGCGGAGCGCGGGCAGGAGAAGAUGCGCGCGCACAACGAGAGCGUGCAGCGCGAGCGCGACGGCGGGCCGGGCGGUGCGGGACCCGGCGCGAGUAAGCUGGAUGCGGCGCGGGCGCACCGCGACAAGCUGCUGCAGUACCAGGCGCAGAACGCGCGGCGCACGCGCGUGGUGGACGAGGCGGCGGACUUUGAGACGCCGAACGUGGCAUCGACGCUGUGGAUGAGUCCGGCGCAGCGGGCGUUAGCGCUCAAGAAGCAGCAGCGGAUCAUGCGCGAGAUGGAGGAGAAGGCGCGUCCGGAGUGGGAGAAGAAGACGACCGUCAUGAGUCUAGAUAUCAAGGGCGGCCGCGUGACCCGCGUGUACCAGUCUGCAGGGACGGCCGACUCGAGCGCCGCGGCGGCAGAGGCUGGCGCGGAGACUGCCGAGCCCGAGGCAGAGGAGGACCUGAGUUAUGAUCCGGCUCGGAAGGCCGGCGGCGAGGCGUUCAGUCGCAACCCGCUUCUUGCGGCGGGUGGGCUCAUGCGUCCGGUGUGGAAGGGCGCGGAUGGGAAACCGAUCGAAAGCAGCGCGCGCAGAGAGCGGAAGCAAGCAUGGCGACGGGUGCAGGAUGACAACGACGACAAUGAGCAGUGGAUUCUUGAUGGCGGCUUGUACGGCUAUUCCUAG